AAAUUUAUUUCCUUUAUUGCUUUUUUUAAAUAGUUUGCUAAUCAUACAAGUUCAGUAUCUCAACCAAGAAACGAAUUCACAAGACUCUUGACACCUCAUUAACCGACUUUCUCACAAUAAAUAAAUUUCCACAGUUUCAAAAAUCAACAUUUAAACAUAGGAUAGCAUUUUUCCAACUUUAGUCGCAAAUAAUAAUGUUUGGCUUAUAACAGAUUUGUUUUGCAUCCAUAUAACAUUGCAACCGCAAUAUUUACCAGCCCGACAAAAUGUUCAAAUCAUGGAGCAAGAAGAACAAGAUCAAAGCUGUAUUCAAAUUGGAUUUUCAAGCAACUCAGGUUCCAAAGAUGAAAAAGUCUGCACUGAUGGUAUCUUUGGUGCCAGAUGAUGUUGGGAAACCAACAGUGAAACUAGAGAAAACUGCUGUUCAAGAUGGGACUUGUUUAUGGGAGAAUCCAAUUUUUGAAUCAGUUAAACUUGUUAGGGAUUCAAAAUCAGGAAAUCUCCAUGAGAAAAUCUACCAUUUCAUUGUUUCAACUGGAUCUUCAAAAUCUGGAUAUCUGGGAGAAGCCUCAAUUGAUUUUGCUGAUUUUUUAGCAGAAAUUGAGCCAAUUACUGUUUCUUUACCCUUGAAGUUUGCAAAUUCAGGCGUAGUUUUACAUGUAACUAUUCAGAAUGUUGAAGGAUAUACUGCUGAAAGAAAUGAGGAAGAUAAUGGAGCUGUGGGACUCUAUAGUGAUGGAACCUUGAAACACCAACUGAGCUAUGCAAGUACAGAUGAAAGUUACAAUCUUGAUGAAAAUGGGAACCUGGCCAAGCCUAGAUCUGAGUACUCUGAACAAAAUGCAUCUAACGGCAUCAGUCCUGUGGUAGCUUCAUGGGAGGAUCCUUAUAACUUCAGACACAACUCAAUGCCAUCAAGAGGAGCAGUUGAGACCAAUGCAAUACAAACCAAAGUGCAUAAGAGGUCAAAUACGGGUGACUGGACAAACAGCAUGGAAGAUAAUCUUCCAAGAGAAAGAUUACAAGAACCUUCAGGCAAUGCCAUUGAAAAUCUCAAAAGUGAAAUUACUUCUCUAAAGAGACAGGCAGAAGUAUCAGAACUAGAGUUACAAUCGCUUCGGAAGCAGGUUGAAAAAGAAAGCAGUCGGGGACAGAAUUUAUCGAGACAAAUCAUCGGCCUUCGAGACGAGAGAGAUAUGCUCAAAACUAAAUAUGAGCAACUCAAGUCCCAACAGAACUUCAAUAGUAAUACUAAUGAGAGCAAAACCUCUAAAAGUUUGAAGUCUGAUAUUGAAAAUAGUAGGAUUCAGUUGGAGGCUAUGAAGGAAGAGCUUGUUUAUGAAAAGGAAAUGAGUGGCAAUCUUCAUUUGCAACUGCAGAAAACACAGAACUCAAACUCUGAACUUCUUUUGGCUGUGACAGACCUUGAAACAAUGCUAGAACAAAAGAAUAAGGAAAUAUUGGAACUAUCUUCCAAUUUAAAAUCUCAGAAGAUUGCUAAAGAAAAUGAUGAUGACAUGGAAUUAGAUUUUUUGCGGCAGAAGAUUGCGGACCAGAAUAGUGAAAUGGAAAAUUGUUACAACCAACGCGAGGAGCUAAGCGAGAAUAUAAAAGAGCUCACAUUGGAGUAUGAUCUUCUUAAGAAAGAAAAUGUGGAUAUCUCUUUGAGAUUAAAGCAAGAUGAAGCAAAACACAUCAUGUUACAAAAUGAACACUCUGCUUCUUUAGUCACAAUACAACAACUUGAAUCCCAAGUGAAGAGACUAGAAGAACAGAUAAUGAUGCAGGAAGAUGAAUUUUCAUCGUAUUUAGUCUCCAUCAAGGAACUUGAGAAUGAAGUUAAGUCUUUGGAUCAAGAACUGAAAAUACAGGCAGAUAAAUUCGAAGACGAUCUCCACGCAUUGCAAAGUGCAAAAUCCGAGCAGGAAGAGCGGGCCAUUCAAGCAGAAGAGUCUCUGAGAAAGACGAGACACAAUAAUGCUACCGCAUCUGAGCGUUUUCAGGAGGAAUACAGAAUGCUUUCUGUUGAAAUGGCUUGCAAAGUUGAAGAGAAUGAAAAGAUGAUCGCGGAAGCGGCUGCAGAAGCUGAGGAAUUGCGGCAACACAACAAGCUUAUGGAAGAAAUGCUCCAGAAAUGCAAUCAAGAGCUAAGGCUUAUAACAGAUCAAAAUGAAUUGAAAGUGGAAGAGCUUGUGAAACAAGUAAAUUCAAAAGAAAAAACAAUAGAACAGAUGUCGCGAGAACUAGAAGUGAAGUCUAAAGAACUUGGGGAUGCACAAAGACAUAGGGAUGAAAAGGAUGCUGCAUUUUCAAAGCAAGUUGAAAUGCUCAGAUCUCAAAUUAGAAAAAUGAUGUCAGAGGAGUGUACAAUGUCUAAACUGAAGCUAACAAAUAACAUGUCCAAGAUGAUAAAAAGAGAUGAAGAAACAACCUCUGAAGGACAUUCAAGUAUGACACUAAAUGAUGAGAAGAUAUUUGGCGCCGUUCUGUCAGAAGUAGAAACCUUUAAGAUCCAGCACAAUGAAAUAAGAAACAGUUUGCACAAAGAACAACUGGACAAAGAAAAUAUGAAGAAACAGAUAUCUCAAUUAGAAGGAGAGCUUAAGAAGAAAGAAGCAGAAUUGGGUGCAAUGGAAAAGAAGCUCAAGAAUAACAAAGGACGAAGUGCUGUUUCACAUAUGAAUUUGACUUCAAGAGAUAAUGAGUGUGCUGCAUCCUCUUCUUUUGCUAAGGCAAAUGUUAAGAAGUCAAAAUCAGAAAUGCAUAAGGGAGUGGAUACUGCAAGCACAGCUAUUAGCAAGUCAGCUGAGAACACAGAUAUUAUAGUCUCGAAUAAUAAUCAUGACAGCGAACGUCUUACAAAGGAACUAUUGAAUGAAGUUUCAGUCCUAAAGGAAAGGAACAAGUAUAUGGAGACUGAACUGAAAGAAAUGGAAGAAAGAUAUUCAGAGAUUAGUCUGAAGUUUGCAGAGGUAGAGGGAGAGAGACAACAACUUGUUAUGGCUGUACGCAAUCUCAAGAAUGGUAAGAAGAACUAGAACACUUGGCAGGUGUUUUGUUUCAUGCAAAAUAUACAGAGGUUACAAAGGAGGCAGGAUAUUCACGAUUCAUGAUUACCAGAAUGGUGGAACCAAAUUGAACCUGUACAGCCAGGAUGUUUAAGAGUUUUACUUAAACCUCGUCCGAAAUUAUAUUUCGGUUUGUACGAUACAUUGGCAAGGUAACCAGGGAUAUGAUGUUAGAGCCUCAUAUAGGCCACAUGUAGCCAAAAGGUUUAUCAUCAGUUUGGCAUUUUUGGUAUGCAAUGUAACACAUAAAUGAGACCUAUGUUAUGCUUAAAAGAAAUGCCUUUGAUUGAGAAUGUAGACAGAAUAAAGAGAAAACAGACUAUUUAGUCUGGAAAUAUACAAUAAACUGUUAAGGUACUUGGUAUACUAAUUUAUUGAAAAGCCUUAAUUUGAAGCCAAUUUUUUAA